ACCUGCUUACAGCUAGUGAGCAGCUGUUUAUGCAGAUGGCUGAUGUGAUGGUGUCAGAUGGCUGGAAGGAUGCAGGCUAUGAGUAUGUCUGUAUUGAUGACUGCUGGAUGUCUAUGACCCGAGAUGAUCAGGACAGGCUCCAACCUGACCCAGAACGCUUCCCCAGUGGGAUCCGCAAACUGGCAGACUAUGUCCAUUCUAAAGGGCUGAAGCUGGGGAUUUAUGCAGACGUUGGAAACAAAACCUGCGCUGGCUACCCUGGCAGUUACGGCUACUAUGACCUCGAUGCCCAGACUUUUGCUGACUGGGGGGUGGACCUGCUGAAGUUCGACGGCUGUAACUACGGCACGCUGGACCUGCUGGCCGAAGGUUACAGGAACAUGUCUCUGGCCCUGAAUGAGACAGGCAGAAGCAUUGUGUACUCUUGCGAAUGGCCUUUAUACAUGAGACCCAUGCGGAAGCCCAACUACACAGAGAUCAAACACUACUGCAACCACUGGCGGAACUUUGGUGACAUCUAUGAUGCCUGGAGCAGCAUUCGGAGCACCCUGGACUGGACAGCUCUUCACCAAGACACUAUUGUGGACGUUGCUGGCCCAGGGGGAUGGAAUGACCCUGACAUGCUGGUGAUUGGCAACUUUGGACUGAGCUGGGACCAGCAGCUGACGCAGAUGGCGCUAUGGGCUAUCAUGGCAGCGCCGCUGCUCAUGUCCAAUGACCUGCGUCACAUCAGCCCUCAGGCCAAGUGGCUGCUCCAGAACAAGGACGUGAUUGCCAUCAACCAGGACCCGCUGGGCAAGCAGGGCUACCGGCUCAGCAAGGAGAGCAACUUUGAGCUCUGGGAGCGGCCUCUGUCUGGGGGCGCCUAUGCUGUGGCCGUGCUGAAUCGGCAGGAGAUCGGAGGACCCCGGCCCUUCAGCUUCUCUCUCUCUUUCCUUGGCAACGGCCUGGCCUGCAACCCUGCAUGCGUCAUCCAGCAGAUCCUCCCCGCCAGCGAGGACUGGGGCCUGCACAACUGGGUUUCGUUCUUGAGUGUGGAGGUGAACCCAACGGGUACGGUGCUGCUGAAGGUGGUGGUGAUUGAGGAGCGCCCAGCUGAGAAGCCCAUCAUGAACAUUAACAGAAAGCUACCUCCAAAUAUCUUGUAAUGCAGGGGUAGCCUAAUGCCCUCCGCACCAGCACUCCCUUGCUGCAGCCCUGCCCCUUCACUGCUCGAGUGAAGGAAGAGCCCAGCAGAGAGGGGUGAACUCUACUCAGUUAACCUGAAUCCGGUACUCUGUCCGGUAUAUCUGUCGUGUUGCAACUACUGGGGAGGUGGUGUCACUACUUAUCCCUGCUCAUGUCCUACUUGAUCUAGCAUCUGCCCCAACCUUCCUUUGCCUCAAGCCUUCCACCCCCAGGGAAUGGCUGAGCCAGUUUAAUCCCUGUGUAGGUCUAGUGACCUUAGAGUGAUGGGAAGAGGCAGGGUCUGAGGUGGUGCCAACAGCUGGGAAUAGUGCUCCCCUUCUGCCUUAACAGCAUCAACCCUGUGUGACUGAUAUACACCAGCUGCAAGGCAACUCCCACCCUGCCCUCAGACUCCACCUGAAGUCACUCCCCUCCCUCUCAGGUUGCUCUCACCUUGCUGUGGUGAGUCAGCAAGUGCCUUAAGCCAGUACUUACUUGCUGUCUCCAUUUGAAUAAAGACCACUGCAUCCAUGUGGUGGGAUCUCCCAGGAAAAGACCUCUGCCCCCAGACUUUUACUUUGCGCUAGGGUGGUUUUAAAUCCAUCUCUCUUGAGGGAAGGGCAGUCACCCAGCUGCCUUCAGUAGCUUCCUGUGAGAUGCUGAUACUCGGACAGCCUUCUACUGCUGGCUCUGGACUAAAGCAACCCAAGUUCCUGGU